AUGUCAUAUUCUCCUUCCUGGUGGAAAUCAGCGACACUAAGAAAUGACUUGAUUUUCGCAUCUACUUUUAAAGAUUCGUUUCUCACUCGCUCUCAAUUCCUUCCUGUCAUAAGUGUCCAAAUGCAGAUUCCGACAUCUCAAUUUUUCUUCAUUUCCGUACAGAAUUCAUAUUUGCCAGUUUUAAGCCUUAGUUAUUGCCAUUCCCCAUUCCAAUGCAACGAUCAGCUGAACACGCAGCAUUUCAUAUUUUAUAAUUUGGAUAAAAUUCAAUUUGCCACAUUUUAUUUGUUGGUUUCUUUCUCUCUUUCUUAUUUUUCAAUAUUCCUAUAUCCUAUUUUCUCCCCAUUUCCUAAUACAUUUUUCCCUAUUCUUUUCUUUUCUUUCUUUCUUUCUUUCUUUCUUUCUUUCUUUCUUUCUUUCUUUCUUCGUUUGUCUGUUUCUGUCAUUCUUUCCUUUUAUCAUAUCUAUCUUGCCUUUCAUUGUUUUUUCUUCACUUUUUUCUUCUUGCUUACAUUUUGUUGGAAUAUUUCUUUCUUUCAUGCACUUUUAAAUAUUUUAAUUCAAUAUUUCCUUUCGGCAUUCUUUCUUUCUUUCUUCUUUCUUUCUUUCGUACUUUCUCUCUCAUUUUUCAUGAUUUCUAUGUCCUAUUUUCUUCCCAUUUUCUAUUUUAUUUUCCUUAAUGUAUCUUUCUCUUUGUUUUCCAUUCUUUCUUUCCUUCUUUCUUUCUUUCUUUCUUAUUUUUCUUCUUUCUUUCUUAUUUUUUCUAUAUUCUUCCCAUUUCUUAAUUCUUAUUCAUUCUUAUUUUCUUCCUUUUCCGUUAUUUUUUUCUUUUCUAUUCUGUCUUUAUUGCUUUCUUUCUUUCUUUCUUUCUUUCUUUCUUUCUUUCUUUCUUUCUUUCUUUCUUUCUUUCUUUCUCUCUUUCUUUCUUUCUUUAAUCUCCAUUCAAUCAUUUCUUUUUAA